AUGCCAGCACUGCCACUGGAUGAGCUCCAGUUUACAGAGAAAGAUUCACUGACUGGGAAGAUGAAAACUUUACCCGCCCUGGUAAGUGGGGUGCUUUUAUUUUUUUUGCAGUUCAGAAGCCUGACCCAUUCUCUUCUUAUUUUUAUUAAUGCAUAGAAUAAAAUUAGCUAAGGGGUGAAAAUGCAGUAUAUGACUCCUUUAACUUGGGGUGGGAACCUCCUGAGCAUGUUUGACUCCAGCUUCCAUUAUCCCCCAGGCAGCAUGACCAAUAGUCAGGGAUGGUAGAAGCUGCACCCCAGCAACAUCUAGAGGGCCACAUGUUUCCCUCUUUGGGCCUACACUGGCUGGUUGCAGGUUUCUACGCUAUUGGUCCUAUGCUCCUGAAGGUUUCAGACAGGGCACUUUCUUAGCAAUACCUGGAAACUCUGAGGAUCAAACCCGGGGCUUUCUGCAUGCAAAACAGUUGCUCUACUGUUUUACUGUUCCAAAAAGACAAUUGGUCCAAAAGCAAAUCAAGUGCAAUAACAAAAUAGAGAAUUCCCUUCCUCUUAGUGCCUGGCAUUCCUGGUUAUAACUGGAAACCUAGUGAUCUGGCAUCUGUCCACUGAACUGUAGGUUUCCUGCACUAAAAACAGAAACUGCCCUAAAAAUAGCUGAAAUUAGCAAGCUGUGUAAAUUAUGCAAAUAUGUAGGAUUUGUUUUGUCUAAUGCAUUCUGUCAUUGUUUCUAUUUUGCAUACUUUAUCCUGCUUCUCUUCAUUAUGGGGAAAAGCCAGUUGCUGUUUAGGGCACCACAGCCCCACCCCUACCCACCAGAAAUCUCAUUUGGCCACCUCUCUGGCUUCUGAUUUUUUCCUCCCUCUGUUACACCAGGAAGGUUUUCUCAAACUUGUCCCAGCGAGCUCUCUAGCUGCAAAACCAGUUUCAUCAAAAACCACAGUAGGACACUAAAAAUAAAAAAUGGAAAAACUAAAGCAAAACCUAAACCACAUGGAGCAAAAUAAAUGGAUAUGUGCUUUUCCUGUGAGUAGCACUGAAUCCACAAUUCCCCCUUCCAGCUCCCUUGAAAAGCUGUCACCUGUGCAGUCACAGUAGAGACUACUCAAUUACGGCAAAUAGGGCACUCUAACAUGUCUGCCUUCACCUGCCUGCUUUCUCACUUACUGCCUGUCAGCUUCUUCCUCCUUAGUCUCAGUGUUGCCCUCAUGGAGCUCAGUAGGGAGCAGGAGGAUGGAGACAAAACUAGAUUUGGUUGGCUCUGCCUCGCAUUGGUUUGGCUCCACCUACUGAUUGAUCCCAUGCCUUCUGCCCUACCAAUCCCAAUAGACACUGGUCACCCCUGGAAUACGGGUUUUCCAUUUUCAUACUAUGUUGUGGCUGUUAGUACAGGAUCCUGGCAUAUUCUCAACACAUCCAAAGAGUGCUCUCCGACCAGCUUCUGCUAUUUUAGUUUUGAAAACACAGGAGCACGAGGAAGGUGCCAGCUCUUAUCUUAACAGGAGCCAGGCAGCGUCUGUUGUGACUUCUGCAGGAUUCUAAAAGUGUUAUUUGCAAAACAAGGAGUUCUUCCCAAACCACCACUCAGCAGGCCUCUUGCGAUGAAAGAGAAACGGGAGCAGCCAGCAAGCCAAAGGCAGCAACAAAUGAGGGGCUGGAUUCCUGCUAAACCGCAGGCCAAGUUUCUGACAAAUAGGAGAAUUAUCCCUGGUGUGCCCAGGUUCUUGAGAUAGCUCAGAAAGCCAACACCGAGGACUUCUGUUUAGUCUUUGACCUGUUGACAUCCCGUGGCAUUCCUCCCCCUCUCUGCAGCAUCCUGAAAAGAAAACAGAGCGGUCUUUUGUGCUGUAUAAGCCCCCACCGAAAGCCAGAGGCGACCGUGCCCUGCUGGAGGAGUUCUGGGAGAGAGCCAAGUUUGUUGCAGAUGACCUGGAGUGGCUUUUGACUCUGCCUCAUGACAAAUUCUGGUGCCAGGUAUAAUUUCUUUUGUAAAGGAAGAAAGAAGCAUGUGUAGAUGUGUUGGUGGUGACGAUGAAAGUAUAAGUCCUCCUUCUACACUGGGGUGGCGAACCUUUUUUUCAUGCUGGAGGCUGCAUUUCCCUCCUGGGCGACCUUCUGGGGGCCAUGUGCUAGGGAUGGGUGGGGCCAGAGGCAAAAGCGGGUGAGACAAAAGGUAUGAAUCGUUCCUUUCUGCAGUAGGCUCAGUUCCAGCCACGAAGAAGUCAGGCAUUUCUACACCCCCAGUUGUACACACAUCUCUCGAUCCGGGCAAAUGAGAGACAUUAACUGUGUUCAAGGACACAUAUCGGUCAAGUGAAAGCAGUCAAGGAGGGGGCAGGGAAGGGUUGUGUACUAGAGAGAGUCCUAGGGGUUGUAUUUCACCCCUAGCCCUCAGGUUCUCCACCCGUCCUCACAACUCUUAAAGCCCUACCCUUUUUUCUUUCACCUGAGCACUCUAGCACCUGCUGUAGAAGCAUCAGUAAGGAGCUCGUAGGGGAGGGGUGAGGAGCCUUUGGCCAUCCAGGUCCUGUUGGACUCCAACUCCCAUCAACCCCAGCAUUGCAGGCAGGCAGGGAUGAUGGGUGUUUUGGUCCAACAGCAAUUGAGGGGUGGGCUUCCCCAUUUCUGCUGCUAGAAGUAAGGGGGGGAAAUGUAACAAAUGCAGUUUUGAUAGUUGAGGCUGAGAGUUAUGGGCACACCUUUUGUGGGUUUUUUUAGGAGGACCUUGAGUCUCUGGUGUUACUGAACACAGAGUAAAAAGAUAGUAUUCAGGAUCAUAUUUUAUUCAAGCUGUGACAUUUUAUUUACCAGAUUCUUUUAUUUAUUAAAUUGUAAGUUAUCUUAAUGCUUCCUUCAAUACCUCAAAAAGGCAUAGCUUGAGAUUUUGAUACGUGAAUCAGGAGGCUUAACCAGCCAGUUAAAAAGCAAUUAAAAUGGUCAGUGGUCCUAUUUAUGAAGCAUGUUUGACUCUGUAAAUGAGUAUAAUAAAACCUGUAAAGGGGGUGAGGCCAGGCCUCUGCAUUACACUCAAGAUAAAUGUGUGGUGUAAUGAAACUUUGAAAAUGUCCUGUCCCCCCCCCCCCCAAGUGUCCUGGAAUCUUUGCUUCUUUGGUGCAGCCUUCAUCUUAAAAAUGUUUUGCUCACUUGUUGAUUCAACGUGCAAUAGACUGACAUAAGUUCCUGCGGUGAUCUGCUGUCCUGCUAGGCGGCCAGAUUUCUUUUUCCCAUGAGGCCUUUUGUUUCCUUGUGGCAGGUGAUAUUUGAUGAGACGCUCCAGAAAUGCCUGGAUUCGUACCUGCGCCAUGCCCCUCGCAAGUUUGACACAGUGGCGGACUUGCCUCCAGAGGUGAAUGACCUCCAGAGACGCCUCCAUCGGAACGUUUUCCUAACCUUCCUCCGCAUGUCCACUCACAAGGAGUCCAAAGUAAAUAAUUUCUUUACUCAGCCUGCUUUUGAGAUGUGUGUACAUGUUUUUGUGUGUGGAAAAAUAGCAGGCUUCUGUUUGUCUUUCCUAAUGGCUUUCCCUUCAUAGCCUCUACCUGGAGUUUCAUUCAUAUAUAUAUAUAUAUAUAUAUAUAUAUAUAUAUAUAUAUGCCAUUCCCUAGUCAUUAAUGAAUAGAAGCACAGUUACGCUCCAAUAUAUUCAAAUGGUUUUCGGGAAAUGUUAAUGUAUUUGUUUAGGUAUAUGGCCCAUUCUGUCCUGAAGGCCGAGGUGGGAAAGAACAUUUUCUUCUUUCCUUUCACCUUCACAAAUAACAUGUGUGGUGCCUUUUCAGCCAAAGAGGAGCCCAGUUUGAACCUAGGUCCUGAUCCAAUAUUCUGUCAGCUGUUUCCUCGGGGGGCUCCUAUGUACAUAAAUUGUCUUGCCACCAGGGAGGUUCAAUUAGUUGGAACCUUCAAAGAGAUGUAGUUCCAUGGAGGUUAUUUAUUUCAGGGGCAGAAAAUCUUUAUUGUCGCCAGGGCCGCAUUUCCUUCUGGGCAACCUUCUGAGGACCACAUGCCAGUGGCAGGCAGGGCCAGAGGCAAAAACAGGCUGAGCAAUGAAUGUCAAUCUUAAAGUUUCAUAGUAGGCCGGUUUUGACACACACCCCUGUCUGUCCUGUAUCCAGGUGAGCAAGAAGCUCACUUCUGAGGGCUAGAUAGGGAAGCCUCCAUGUCUGAGGUUCCCUACCCUUAAUUACCUCAACUCUUUUCAAGUUAAUUUUCAUAGGAGUAACUUCAGUACAUCCUGUAAGAAAUAAGGCAAAACUGGCUGUUCCUAUUGGUUCUAUCUGCAAGAACACCAUUGGCUACCUCUUUCUUUUCCUUUUUUAGAUGGAUUGUGUCCAGUGCUCAAAGUAGACCAACUGAAAUUAAUGGACCUAAGUGAGCCAUGUUGAUUGAUUUUAGUGGGUCUAGUUUGAGUAGGGCUAGCACUGGAAACAAGCCACUGAUCUUAACUUUUAAAAGCACAGGUGUCUAACGUGUGGCCAUCUAGAUGUUGUUGGAAUACAACCCCCAUCUCUGACCAUUGGCCAUGCUGGCUGGGGGUGAUGGGAAUUGUAGUCCAGCAACAUCUGAAAUGCCACAGAUUAACCACUUCUCACAACAACCAGGUGACCUCAGCAGUGUAUUUCUCACAUAUGACCCUCUUUUUUCACUAAGGUCAUUGGAAGAGCCUCUUUGCUGUGAAUCCUUCCAUUUUUCUGAAGUUAGAUUCAGGACCAUGCUGAAUCCACUGAUGGGUUUUUCAACUAGUUUCUGGCAGCCAGGCAAGAGGUAUCCCUGGUCUUGUGUUGGGCUUCAGAGGCACUUGAAAAGCUGUAGACCUCCUUCUGAGUGCCUCCAAAGCUCAGCUGAAACUUGCGGAUGCCUGGUCAGAUUGAUGUAGCCAAGGAAUACAUCCUUCUCAGUAGUGGUACCAAUGCCUUGAAAAUAAAACCCUGGGAAAUGUUCAUAGGUCCUGCCCUGUCACUGUCCUUAGGCAUAUUAUAUGGAUGUUUGGAGCUACAGAGGGGUGGGUGGCUGCUUGUGUGCGAUUUUAUCCUGUUUUACAGUGUUUGUGGCUUUAAGAUGUCAGUUCUGCUGAUUUAGGGAGAUGAAUUUUAAUCUGUGCUCGUUGAUCAUGGUGCUAUGUUUUUGUCAUGCUGUGAGCUGCCCUGGAGGUUCUUUGGAGGCAUGUGGUAUCGUCUAAAUUCUGAAUGCCUAUGCGUACUUAAAAGCUACUCUGUAGAGCCUUUUAGCCCUAAAUAUACGCUGCGCAAAGGAUGCUCUGUAAAGGCAGCAAAAUCCAGAGCACUUUUAGAUCUCUCCAGGCCAGCCCCUAAAUCAAGGGCUUGUGCUCUUCCUGCUGACUAUAAAGACUGGCUUGUCCUUUGUCCUCUUAAACUUUUACAUCACAGCAUGAAGGGCAAUUACGCACACAUGCGCAUCAUCCCUCCCCAACCCCCUCAGGGCGCUUGCAGUAGAGAGUCAGCGUGGUGUAGUGGUUAAGAGCAGUGGACUCGUAAUCUGGUGAACUGGGUUCACGUCCCCGCUCCUCCACAUGCAGCUGCUGGGUGACCUUGGGCACACUUCUCUCUGAAGUCUCUCAGCCUCACUCACCUCACAGAGUGUUUGUUGUGGGGGAGGAAGGGAAAGGAGAUUCUUAGCCACUUUGAGAUUCCUUUGGGUAGUGAUAAAGCGGGAUAUCAAAUCCAAACUCCUCCUCCUCCUCAUAUCUGUCAUGACGACAAAGGGCGUUUUGCUAGUUAUCCAUGAGCAUCUUUCAAUAUCUUUCUCUCCCCGCCCCUUUUUAGGAUCACUUCAUCACGCCAUCUGUUUUUGGAGAGAUCCUUUACAAUAACUUCUUGUUUGAUAUCCCCAAAAUCCUGGAUCUAUGUGUGCUCUUUGGAAAAGGCAACGGUCCUCUGCUCCAUAAGAUGAUUGGUUAGUGAGGGAAUGGGGUGUGUGUAUGUGAAGUGUUGGGGGGCAGCACCCUCUAAAAAUCAGGAUUUAAAUCAAAUUUGCCACUUUCCUCAGUCCAAUCGGCUUUACUAAUUGUAGGAGUAAAGUGUCUGUUUCUUAAUUUACUGUUUAAUAUUACUUUCACUUUGGUCAAGUCAGGCUCCAUUAUUUCUUUACUAGGAAACAGAAAACCAGCAUUCAGCUGCAAUAGUUUUUAAAGAGGGGCUGUUCCAAAAUGGCCCAUUGCUAAGGGACAUUAAAACUUUAAAGCAGGGCUGAGGAACCUUGGACCUGGGGUCCAGAUAUGGCGCUCCAAACCUUUCUGUCUGACCCUUGGUAUUCACUGGUCCUGCUUUACACCCUCCCUCUGUGUUUUUGGCUGGCUGGAGUGUGUCCUUGAACUCUGAUUAUGCCUCUCCCUUGCCUGGGUGGAAAAUAGAGAGGGAUCUGCUAAACCAUAGUUUGGCUUAAUGCAACAUUCAACCCAGGCCAUUAUGAGUUAUGUGUAACAUGAAGAGGAUGCAUGGAGAUCUCCUAAUUAAGUGUGAAGCCUUUUGUGGUGUUGGAUAUUUUAACCUGCCUGAAACCAGUCUUUUUCUCUUUCCUUCCUUUCUUCCUCCCUCUCCACCCUACCCCUCAGAAAACAUCUUUACUCAGCAGCCAAGCUAUUUCAGUGACUUGGAUGAAACUGUGCCUACAGUCCUUCAGGUUGUACUUCUUCUUGGGCUUAUUUGAGAAGCUCUGUUCCCAUUUGUAACAGUUGUGGGGAAACAAAUGUUGUUGGACUCCAGUUCCCAUCAGCCCCCAGCCAGUAUAUCCAGUGUGACACACACACACACACCAGAAAAUUGGCCUGAAGGAAAUGUGAACUGGAAGCUGGAAAAAAAUGCUCCUUGGCCCCCCUUUAUAAGGAAGGGAGUUCUUUCCUUGGAGAGCAGACCUAUAAAGUCCCAUGUGGCUUGGACCCAGGUGACUUGAAAAAUCCUAUAUAAACCUGCCCAGGUGCUAUGAUCCUUAGCUCAGCACCUGCUUUUGGUCCCAUCAACACCAGAGGCACGAUUGUUGGUGACCGAGAGAGAGCCUUUUCUGUGGCUGCUCUCUUUCCCAAGAGGGGAAAGACUGGCUUCUUCUUUGUUAUCCUUCUGCCAGCAGGCCAAAAUCUUCCUGUUCAGACAGGCCUUUGAUAACUAAGAUUCAGUCUAUGCUGAUCUCUGGACUGCUGUCAGGGCAAACUGGAUUUUCAUUGCUGAUUCUAAAUGUGUUCUGAUGUGUUUUAAUCAUUGUAUGCAACUAGUUUGAUAUAAUUACUUGGUAUUAUAUAAUGUUUUUAAAUGUUGGAAGCUGCCAUGAAUUCCAGCUUGGGAUAAAUGUGGGAUAUAAAUACAUUAAGUUAUUAUUAUUAUUAUAUUAUAGAAAUUAUUAUAAUUUUAUUUAUUUAUUUAUUUGUAAUAACAACAACUAAACAACUACAACAAUAACCUUGGUCAGGUGAUGACCAUCAAUAAAAGGCAAAAUGCACCCAGUUGUAUUCCGCUUAUGGACCCUUUGUGCCUUCUAGGUACUCAGCAGCAUUCUGCAUACGUGUGGCUUGCAGUGUGAAGGGGCUUCAUCCACACCACAGAAGCUGGAGGAAAGAAUCCGAUUGACUCCUGGGGAUAUUCCUCUGCAGGUGGGGUGGGGCAGGUAUUUCCUGGGACUGAUGUACUUCCUCCAAACCUGGCCUCAGCUUUAAUCUUCACCACAGAUACUUUCUCUGUCCCCACCCCACCCAACAGAUUAUGUCUCAUUCUGCACAUGGUUGCUAGUAACACAUUCCCUUCCCUGUCCUGUGACUGGGUGAGGCAGCUUUUCCUCAUCACAUGAAUUUUUCUGUGCUUUGCGAUACACUUUUUUCUGUAUUGAUAUUUUAUGUGUUCGGUUUUAAAAUCUCACUGAACACUUCCUUUCUUUGUAUUCUUUGAUAAACAGAACCAUGGGCAUCUGCAAUAAUUUUUAUAGGGGACAAAGGAAAACACUGAUUUGGGGAGAUGGGGGGUAAGCAGGCUAGUUUCUCAUGAAAAAUGAGGAGAAUAUACUGCCUGUAAAUUUGGUUUCAUCUGGUUCUGCAAAUGCUAGCAGCUUGUGUGUAUGUGUGUAUGUGUGUGUUUUUAAAUGACAGCUGGGAAUUUGUGGAUCAGGGCUGCAUAGACACCAUGUAUUUAAAGGACAUGACUUCCCCCAAAGAAUCUUGAGGAAGAGCUCUGCCUCUCAUUUGCUGUCCUGAUCACUCAGUUUCAUGGAAUUUUAUGUGCUUAAAUGUUCUCCAGAUGUUUUGGAUGACAGCUCCCGUCAGCCACAGCAUGGCCAUGUUUGCGGGAGUUGGUCUAAAAUGUUGAGAGCUCAUCAGGCAGGAAAAAGCUGGCUUAAAAUUAAAAUCUGAUGUAAAGAAUUGUCGGUUUGCUGUCCUUUAAUGCUACCGCUUGUGGUGGGCCUAAUAAUGGAGCUGACCGCUCUAGGACCUCCCUGGCUCAGAUUCCGAGGUGCGAUGUUAUGCCAACUCUGAGAAGGAAGUGAACCCAGAGACUGGGGCAGGGAGGGGAGGAAUCUAGGGCAGGGAAUUGCUUUGUUUGGCAGCUUACUUUUAAAAGAAAAAUAAAAUUGUGCUUUAAAAUCUGAUUUAUUUUUUUUAAAAUGAAAGGCCUUCCUUUCUUUUCCUCCUAGGAGCUGAAGGAUAUUGUCCUGUACCUGUGUGACACUUGCAUCACCCUCUGGGCCUUUCUGGAUGUUUUUCCUUUGGCUUGCCAGACAUUCCAAAAGCAUGACUUCUGCUACAGGUAUAUUAGUAGGCUGCCUCUGUCUCUGCGUGUGUGUGUGUGUGUGUGUGUGUGUGUGUGAGUGUGCAUGUGUGUGCACGUGCUUCAAUUCCACUAGAUAAGUGUUGUUGGAUUCCAACUCUUAUCGUCCCCAGCCAGUUUAGCCUUUGGUCAGGGAUGAUGGGAGAUGUAGUCCAACUACACUGGGAUCACACCAGGUUGAAGAACACUGCCUCAGAAAAGGUUACAGCUGAGAGAGCAUCCAUUAUUAUCAUCCUCUUCAUCACCCUCUAUAUUUAUUUAUUGUCAUUAUCAUUAUUUAAAUUUGCAUGACACUUUUCAAAGCAGCUUCAAAACAUAAGAUACAAAUCAUUACAAUAACAAAUACUAAAUCAUUUCAAAACGUAACAACAAUCUAACAACUCGGUUUGAUUCUAUUAUAUUACUUUAAGGUCAUCAUAAAACAAGCAUUGAAACAGAUCAGUUAAUGAUAGAUACAAUAAAUAUCCCAAGGCAAUCACUCAUCAAGAAUAAUAGAACCAGCAACUGCGGUGUGGUAGUACUUAAUGCCAAAUGGUAUUAAAGCUAAAAAGUGUUUCCUACAGUUGCUUACUAAAAAAAAAAUGUGUCAGAGCAGCUUACCAUUUUUUGAAUAAGGCAAACAGUACCAGAUUUAAAAUAGCAUCUGUGGGGUACCAUGUGACUAUACCUACUCUAGACAGAGCUAUGACCCCCCUCCCAGCUUCCUCUGUAUUAUCAAUAUUAGAAUGUUGUACACAUAGCCUUCCUUGAUUUGAUUUCUCUCUGUCUCUGUAUAUAGCUAUCUAUCUAUCUAUCUAUCUAUCUAAUUCACAAUUAGGUGUGUUUCACUUUUUUCAAAAAAAGGCUUGCUGCAUUUUAUGAGCUGGUGGUACCUGAACUGGAGGCUGCUAUUAAGAAGAGGCAACGCGAGGACAGCAGGUAUGUUUCCUGUGGAGGUGACCAUUCCCCUCUGAAAUAAGUGCAGUUGUCCCCUCCAGGCACAAGCCCUGCAAUAUAUCUGCCCAGGUUGCUCCUGCAGCAUACCUGAAGUUCCACCAUCCUUUAGGAGCAGGUGGUGGGAAAACGUUUAUGCUCCACGGACCAGAUCCUCAUCAGGAUCGGCUUUGGGCGGCUGCCCACCUGACAGUUGCCUGACAUCACAAUGACAUCAGGUGCAAAGUCCAGCUACAACAAAGGCUCUCUCACUCCGUUUUAGCUGUGGGUUCCUGCUAAAUUCAGGAAGGGGGUUGUAUGGAAUCCUGCUGAACUGAGCAGGAUUUAACCCCUACUCAUCAGUAACUCAUCCUGCUCAGUUGUGUUAUCUCUGUUCCCUGCUGCAAUUGAUUGGGCUGGAGGUCGUCCCCCCCCCCCCCGAGAUGUAGGAGAGCCAGUAAGGUAUAAUGGUUAGAGCAGCUUUCUCCAUCCUGCUGCCAUUUCAGAUGUUCUUGGACUUCAGGUUGCAUCAUGGGAGGGAAGCUCCAUUGAGCUAGGAGAAGUCCUAGCCUGGACUUUCACCAGCGGCACUGCUUAGUUAAAUCUAGCCUUUGUACUUAAUCAUGGCUUUAAUGUUUUUUAGUGUUUUAUUGAACGUAUAUACCCCACUUUGGAACCUUGCAAUGAAGAGUAGGUUGAAGAAAAUAAUAGUCAUAACAACUACCACUACAACUUCCUUUUGCUUCUGUGUCAGAAAUUCUCUCUCCCCUCUCCCCUCCCCACCAUCAGCUUAUUGUCGGAUUUGUGGAAGAGGCUGUCUCAUUCUCGGAAGAAGAUGGUGGAAGUUUUCCAUAUGAUCAUAAACCAGUUGUGCCUUCAGCCCAUUUUGGAAAGCAGGUACUUGUUACGCACAUGGAUUCCAUGCAGUGGGUUGCCCUUACACACUCAUAUCUAUGACACCAGGAAAGAAACCUCAGAAUAAGAUAAUGAUUACAGAUGUUGGGGAACAAAUCUAGGAGCUUCUGCAUGCAAAGCAGAUGCUCUCUCACUCAGCUGUGGCCCUUCCCCUGUCACAGGAAGCUGCCUUAUGUCAAGCCAAACCAUUGGUCCAUCUAGCUCAGCAUCUGACAGCAACUGUCCAGAGUUUCAGACAGGAGACAUUCCAAGUGCUUCUUGAUGGUGCUGGGGUUGAGCCUGGGACUUUCUGCAUGGAAAGCUGAUGGUCUACCACUGAGCAACGGCCCUUCAGUGUACUGAGUCAGACCAUUGGUCCAUCCAGCUCAGUAUUGCCUUCACUAACUGGCAGUGGCUUUCCGGGCUAUUUUCUUAGCCUACCUGGGGAUUGAGGGGAUUGAACCUGGAACCUUCUGCAUGCAUAGGAGAUGCUCUACCACUAAGCUACAGCUCUCCAGGAUUUGGAGCAGAGCAGUAUCUUUCCCAAUCACCUGCCACUUGAACCUUUUAAUUUGAGAUGUCAGGAACUGUACUUGGGAGCCCUGAAUGCACAGGGUGUGCUCUGCCACUGAGCUCUAGCUUCCUUUCCUAGGAACAUGGGCUUGUCUGGGAACUGAACCCAGGACCUCUUGCUCCCAGCUCCAAGGAUCAGCCCCCUUGGAUGAACAAGCUGCACCUGAGCCUAUACAGGUUCCUUGGUUGUUGUUAACAUUACCCUCUUGUUUCAGCUGUGAUAAUAUCCAGCCUUACAUAGAAGACUUCCUGCAGAUCUUCACCUCAGUGCUUCAGGAGAGGAGGUGAGAGUCCUGACUGGGUGUUGGCAGUCCUUUACAACCUCUGGAAUAUAUCUUGACAAUGCAGCCUGGCCUACAGCAGCCAUCAGCCCCAGUCAGUACAGUGAUGUUGCAAACCUGCUUUGUCUGGCAACAACAAUGGGGCUAGAGAAAGUGUAUGCAUGUGUGUACAGUAGGGCAGCUGGCUUGAAAGACACACAUCUUUUUCACCCAGGUUUUGGGUGGCUCAUUACACUUUUAAAAACCUCCCUAGCCAUUGAAACUGUUCGGCAGUCCAUUUUGCAUGUAAAUUUCACAAGGCAGGCAUUUUUGCUGGGAAGGUGUCCCUAGUAAUUGUGCAGUGUUUAUAUUUGCAGGUUUCUCCGUGAUUAUGACGAGCUCUUUCCUGUAGCAGAUGAUGUGAGCCUCCUCCAGCAAGCCUCCUCAACCCUGUAUCCUUUUCUGCUGGCAUUUCUGGGGAACUUCCUUCACCAACCUGAUGCCCUCCAGAUGUUCUGGACUUCCACUUGCCUGGCUGGGGCUGAUGGGAGUUGUAGUCCAAAUCCUAUGGAGGGCACCAAGUUGGGGAAGACUGGCUUGCAUCCUCCAAAACAUUGCUGCUCCUCAAGGUUUAAUGAAUACAGGCAUUCACCACAAUUCAGGCUUGGAAUCUGUAACAAUAAGGGACAAGGGUGCUUCUGAGAAUGUGCACGUUAUCUUUCCCCGAAUGCAUGAAAAUCCACAACCUACCCCUGCACAUCUGCCCUGAAUGCCAGGGCUUAUAGUUACAUUGUGUGUGAUUUACAUCAGAUUUAUGUGUGCGGUGCCUUAAUGCUGUUGGGCAGAGAUGAAACCAGGACAGCUUACAUCCUGCAAGGAGUGGACAGUGCCUGGGAGGGAGUGGACAGGAGGAAAAAAACAGCCCACAACCUGCCCCUGCCGGAAACCAUGGCCCCGGUGCUGCCCAGUAAUACAGAGGGGCUAGAGACACUUGGGGAGGAAAACCACACAGAGGUGAGUCUUCAGGGUGUGCUGCUAGCCUUGACUUGCAGUGAACUGGGGAACAAGGUUGUUGGGGAGCUACCUAUGUUAGCCAUGGAGCCUGCAUAUCUGGGAUGGGAAACCCCCAAAUGCUGCUGGACUCCGAUCAUUCCUGACCAUUGUCAGGUAGAAAGUGGGGGGAGGGAGGUGGCUGGUGGUGCCCACUGGUAGGCAGAAUCAACUAAUUUUAGUUUUAUCUGACCUCCCUCUUGAAUUCUACAAGGGCAGUACUGAGACUAAGAUUAUAGGUUGUGCCACUCCCUGGGCUGAUUGUAAGGAGUGUUCUGAACAAAGUGGGCCCUGCUACUCCUGAGAGAUUCAUCCUCCAUUCCAUGUUUGCCUCUUUCAUAUUGAUACUGCUUUGAGCCUGCAGUGAAUUUAGAUAAUGGGGAAAAGGGGGGGGGCUGAAUUUGAUUUAUGCAUAUUUGGUACAAAAACUUGAUGACAACCACCCCCCACCCUGCCCCUGGCUAUGGUUCUGCACACCCAGCUACUUGCAGCAUUGUGACUCUUCUGGGGUAACACUGCCUGUUGCCUUUGAUGUGUCUAGUACGCUGGAGCAGCCGCUGCCCCUGUGUGCAAGGUCUCUGGGGUGGAGUUGGAUUCCCUGAUCUCCCAAGUGAAGGACCUGCUCCCUGACCUUGGAGAAGGCUUUGUCCUGGCCUGCUUGGAGGAGUACAACUACAGCGUAGAGCAGGUGAUCAACAACGUUCUGGAGGACAAGCUGGUGGCAGCCUUGCAGAAGCUGGACCGAGCAAUGCCCAGGUAGAUCUGGAUGGGGGAGUUGCUUCUCUUACCCACUUGGAGCCCCGGCAGGCUGCCAUGUUCUGUUUUUUUGUUUUUGUUUGUUUGUUUUGAAUUUUGUUUUGCUGGCAUGUUACGGACACAAUAAUAGUGCAUCCGUGGUGGGUUUAACCUGGACCAUCCACACAUCAUUUUUCUUUGUUAGUAGUUUCGAGGAUGCUUUUAAUCUGAUUUUUACCUUAUUGUGGAAAGAAGCAUUCUUUUAAACCAGGCAUUUGACUAGGAAUAAAAAAGUGGCAGUGGUGCUAUUUUGUAUAAUUAAUUUUAAUUUUAAUUUUGGUUGUUUGUUUGUUUGUUUGAAUACCACCCAACAUACAGAGGUCUCAGGGCAGUUCACAGAAAAGAUCACAAUAUAUAAGAUAAAAAUAAAAACAAUCACCUAAUAACAUAUAUAUUAUAUGUAAAUAUGUAUAUUUAUAAUCAGUGUAUUGGUGACUGACCUUGAUUGAAAUCCCCUUAAAUCAGCUACAGCAUAUGUCUGCUGUACAUGUCUGCUCAAAAGCAUGCUGUGUUGAGUUUGGGCGGUGCAGCUCUCAGAUAAGUGGGCUUAGAAUUGCAGCUCCAGAGCCACAGGCUGCUGCUUGGUUUUGUGAGGAAUUUUUCAAGAUUGUGUUUCUGAAGAGUGUGGUGUAGUGGUUAGAGUGCUGAGUUAAGAACUGCGUCCCCAGGGUUCAAAUAGCCACUUAGCCAUGUUAAGGCUCAUUGGCUGACCAUGGGCCGUCCGCUCUUUCAGCUUAAGCUUUCCCACAAGGUCACUGUACGGAUAACAUGGGGAGAGGAAGAACCAUCUACUUCACCUUGAGCUCUUUGAAGGAAAAGUGGGAUAUAAUAGCAAUAAUAAAUAAAAUAAAUUGGAGGGCUUGAUCUUUUUCUGUCAGGUCAUUGAAGCCAGACCCAACACCUCUUCUCACUUCCCGAUGCAACGUUUUCCAGAACGAUGAGUUUGAUGUUUUCAGCCACGACUCUCUGGAUCUCUCCCGCGUGCAGAAAGGCAAGAGGUGAGUUGCCUGGGGCCUGGGCAACCCUUUCAGGCUGUGUCUGAUCAAUGGCUGUCAAGUUAGGAAAUAUUACCAGUAAAGAUAAAGACCCUACAUCAGGAGUGGCCCUCUAGGUGUUGCUGAAAACAACUCCAAUUAGCCUUAGCAAGCUUAGCCAAUAGCUGGGGAUGAUGGGAGUUGUGGUUCAGCAACAUUUGGAGGGCCAAAGCUUUCCUGUAGCUGCCCUGCGUAAUUUCUGUGGGUUGGGAUUGGCGGAUCUGUUUUUCUAGCCAACAGUGUUGGGCAUUGUUCCUUUUUCAUAGUGCUCCGGUUUUUAACAUCCUCGAGGCAGGAAGGUUCUGUCCCUUCCCCUCUCCUCCCACCAUGGGUAGGAAGGAAUCUGGAAAGGGCCAUUUUUCAGAGAGCAGAGGUUGACUUCUGGAGUGUUAUCAUGAGUGAUGGCUGUUGUAACCGGUAUUUUAAAAAACAAAACCUGUUUUUUGCCAUUGUUUGGCAGCUCCUUUUCACGACCCCUGUUACCUUUCUAAUCCUCACUCCCAAUUGUUCUAAUGCCAGAAUACCACCUGAAUCAGCCUUCACCAGCCUGGUGGCCUCCAGGUGCUAUGGACUACAACUCCCAUAUGCCCCAACCAGCACAGUCUGCCCACCUGCUGCUCUCAAGGCACUAUGCUAAUUUUUAAAAAUCACUUUGCUGAUUAAGAUUAAGACCACAUUUGCACCAUACAUUUAAAGUACUGUGAUCCCACUUUAAACGGUCACGGCUUCCCUCCAAAAGUUCUGGGAGCUGUAGUUUGCUAAGGGUCCUGAGAGUUGUUAAGAAGAGACCCCUAUCCCCUUGCUUGGAACUACAAUCCUCAAACCGCUCUGGGAAUUGUAGCUCCCUCUAGCUGUUUCCUGAUGUAAGGAAAGCCAAGGGUGGAGCCCUGGAGGGGACUUCCCCUCUGCUUCUUUGCUUGCAAGGAAGCCUUUCAUUAAGUCAACACCGGGAUGCCUCAAGCAGCUGGUUGUUCCAGUUGCACUUGCUCCUGAGACAUGAUCUUCCAUCCAUGGUAUGUGAGGAAUGCUGCACGGAAAAGCCCAGACGUGAAUACCUUGUAUAUCCCCGGGAGCAAAGUAAUAACAAUAAAUUGCUGGCUUGGCAGUUAGGAAGCAGAUUUUGACAUUGUUCCUUGGUAAGGCUUACUGAAGCAUAGGGGGUGUGGCACUGAUCAAAAGUGUAGGUUGCUGGUGGGCGUUCCAGGCUGAGCAUCUGCAGGAUCAGGGCCCAGCGUGGCACGACAGCCCCAGGCAGUAUCACCAGAAGAUGUCUGCAGAAAGGACAAGUCCAAAAUGUCAUUUGCUUGGCUGGGAUCUCAAAACCAAAGUGUCAGUCCAAAGGGAGCGGGGAGCCAGCCAGCCAGGGAAAUGGGAUAGGCCAGAGACAAGGGAAGGAGAAGGUGUCAUGCUCAAGAAUAAGGAGCGGUCACAUAGGAGGCUACUGAUUCAGACCCAUCGGUUCAUCUAGUGUAGCGUUUCAGACACAGAGUCUUUCCCAACCCUACCUGGAGAUGCCAUUGGGGAUUGAACCUGUGACCUUCUUCAGAGCAGAUGCCCUACCACUGAGCUACAGCGCUUCCACAUUACAAUGACAAUGUGGUUAUAUAAUAUACACAUUGUUCAAUUUGUGGAGUAUAUAAAUGGCUAAGCAUCAGAGGCAGACCAUGUUGUGGCCUAGCAGGAAAAUAGGGAGCUGCCUUAUAUUGAGUCAGACUGUUGGUCCAUUUCACUCCACACUGUCUACACUGUAUUGUCUACUACACUGACUGGCAGCUGCUGUCUCCUAAGCCCUACCUGGAGAUGCCAGGAAUUGAACCUUUGACCUUUUGCCUGCAAAGCAUGUGUUCUGCCACUGCAUAACAGCAAAUACCUCCCUACAAUGAGGUAAGAUUCUAGUUCGCAUGGUUCCAAAUUAAAGGCUGAUUUAAAUAGGAAUUCUGUGUGUCUUAUCCGACAGAGCCAGGCCAUUGGUACAUCUAGUUCCGUAUUGCCCACACUUGACUGGCAGUGGCUCUCUGGGUUUUUGAGCAGGGGACAGUGCUCCUGUAGAUGCUGGGGAUUGAACCUGAGACUUUUUCCAUGCAAAGCCAAUGCUCUGCCAGUGAGCUAAAGCCUUUCCUUAAGACGUAGGAAGCUCCCUAAUGCCCAGUCAUGCCACUGGUUCAUCUAGUUGUGUGCAUUGACUGCUAGCGGUGUUCUAGGAUUUAGAGGAGUUUCUAUCAGCCCUACCUUGGAAAUGCAGGAGAUUGAAUCUGGGAACUUCUGAAGCAAAUGUUCCACUACUGACCCGUGGCCGUUCCCCAGGGGCUUCUGUGUGGAAACCGGAUCAGCCUUUGUUCUGAUCUGGCUGGGCUUUCCUUGCGUUCCCAGGAGUGACAAAGCCUCAACCAAAAGUCUGGUGAAUGACAAGCGCCUUGUGAAUGAGCAGAGGGAGCGCUACACCCAGUACUCUGUGAUAGUGGAGGAGGUCCCAGAGCAGAGCGGAGCAGGUCUUUCCUACCCGGAUGAGUAUGAGGACGAAUACGAUGACACCUAUGAUGGCAACCAGGUGGGAGCAAACGACGCCGACUCAGAUGACGAGCUGAUCAGCAGGAGGUGAGUUUAGAGGCCUUUCUGAAUGGAGCCUGCCAUAAUCAUUUGUGUAGUGCAGCAAGUGUGAUUUGAAGGGCACUCCCUCUCCCUCCAUUCUCAGCUAGGUCCCAUGUGUAGCUUUUCCACAGUCAGGAUGUAUUCACACCAUGCAACUAAAACCCCGUGCUUCCACUUUAAACAGUCAUGCCUUCUCCCAAAGAAUUCUGGGAGCUAUAGUUUUUUAAAGGGUGCCGAGAGUUGUUAGGAGAGACCCCUCUUCCCCUCCCAGAGCUACAGUUCCCAGAAAAGCAAUUGAAAAGCAAUCCCUCUCCUUGGAACGUCUCAUCCAUUCAUUUCUCCCUGCAUUAGGCCAUUUACCAUCCCUCAAGUUCUGAGACCAAAAGAUCAGAAAGAAGAGGACGAGGAAGAUGACAAUGAAGAGGAGUUGGCGGCAGCUGAUGAAAAGGGGGCUGCAAAGGUGAUUGUUGCAGGGCAGCUCUGAAGGGGGAGGAAGGGGUUGUGAGGCAAACCCUCGCAGUGCUGUUCUUUGGGGAGAUGGCUCUUUGGAGACAGGACGGGGAGGCCUCCGAGAUCCCUGUGGCUCAGUGGAGCUGAUGCGCUUCAGCCAAUGGAGAUGUAAUGAUAACCACGGUCUGUGGGGCUGUACAGAGCAGCAGCAAGAAGAUGGGUCCCUGCUCUGAGGAGGUUACAGGCUAAAAUUCAACACAGAGAAGACAGUGGAGGGAGGGAAGUAAGUAAGAUGGAGGGGAGGGUAGAUUGGGGAAGUACAAAGGGCCCCAAAGAUCCAUCUCCACAACAAAGAGCAUACUGCCUUGUUGAGGACUAGCCCCUUUUCUGUGGGGAUAAGGGAGGUGGGGCCCCUCCCCUUCAUCCACACUGCAGAUGCUGCUGGGCUCUGAUUCCCAUCAGCCUCAGCCAGCCUGGCCCAUCAGGGAUGUUGGGAGCAUUAGUUCAACAGCACUUGGAGGGCCCACCAGCAUUUUGAACUGGAAAUGAACUGGGGCUCCAUUCUUUCCUUCAUGUGCAGCAGGACCACUUUGUGCAGGACCCAGCUGUGCUGCGGGAGAGAGCUGAAGCCCGGCGGAUGACUUUCCUCGCCAGGAAAGGGUAAGAUGCAACUCCCCUUCUGUGGCUCCUGGUCUUUCUACCCCAUGUGGAUCAACACCCCUCAAAUAGGGGACACCUUCAAACAGAGGGCCGCAUCUGACAACCCUUCACAACAGACAGCUGGUCUAGCUGCCAGUGCCGUAUCCGUGGGACUUGGAAUUCCUCUGUGCAAUAUUAAAAUGGGUGUUAUGUUGGCUACCCCUUUCAAUGCUAAGAAAACCAGUUUCAUGAACAAGAUUGCGUACUCUUGUUAGAAGAUCAGAAAAUUCACAUUUGAGUUCUUCCAAGAAUUCUUGGUUGCAAGCCAUGUAGGCCCAGUGACUUGCUCUGUGCUGUAUCCAGCUGAAGUUGCUCAGCUGACAAGAAAGCUUCCAUCAGAUGAACGGGGAGGAAAAAAAUUUUGGGUGAUUACCCCUCCUCAUUUUAGUCCUCCGCAUCCCCUUAGAUCCACUCCAAAGGGUUGAAGGACUUGCUCAAGCAGAUAUUUUUAAAGUGGGAGUGUCAGCUGACCAUGACUAAUCUUAUGGGGAUGUUUUUAAUGUUUGAUGUCUUAUUAUGCUUUGAUAUCUGUUGGAAGCUGCCCAGAGUGGCUGGGGCAACCCAGUCAGCUGGAUGGGGUAUUUAUAUUGUUGUUGUUGUACCUCAUUCCUGCUGCUUCCCUGAUUAGUUUCUAACUUAUUUAGCAUUUAAAUGCAUUUUAUUGCAAUGUCCUUUUUCACUGUCAAUUCACCUUUUCCCACCCGCCCCCUUUUUUUUAAACCCUGAGCCUCCUGCUUCUUUACAAACCACAUAUUUAACUAUGGAACUCGCUUCGACAGGAGGCAGCGAUCACUAACUUGGAUGGCUUGAAAAGAGGAUUGGACGGAUUCAUAGAGGAUAGGGCUGUCAUUGGCUACUGACUGCAAUAGCUUUGUUCACCUUUAACUGUGAGAAGCAGUAAUGCUUCUUAAGAAAACUACGCAGGGGUGGGUGGGGAGGGGAGUACUCUUGUGAUUGAAUCCUGCUUAUAGGUUUUCUAUAGAGAACAGACUGCUGGAUUAGAUGGGCCAUUUUGGUCUGAUGCAGCAGCCUCUUCUUAUGUUUUGGCCUUUUUGAAAGGAUGUGAUCCACCUCAUUGUCUCCCAUUUUCUUUUCACUAAUUCCCUCAUUUUUCUUCUGCGCCCCCCCCCCCAUUAGAAAUAUAACUGAAUAUGUUGGGCUUUCCAUUCACAUGUGUGCUGAAUUUGAUAACUUUGUGAGCACAGUCGCAAACUACUGGUCAGAACCACUUGGUUGAGGGUCCUGAGCACCCUGCAAGAUUAAAUCAAGGGCUGCUUCCAUGACUAACUAUCCUAAGGCACAAUCAUAUCUACAAAUCAUAACUGUGACCCCAAUGUGAAUUUUCCCAGUUAUUGUGAGGGCACUUGAAGGCUUCCACUAAGACAAGAUUUACUCCUUUUGUCCUGUCUUCAGAUGUCUGAAGGAAAUAAAAGAGGCAGUGUCAGAGUUUUGAUUGGUGGAAUGGAGAAUAGUAUAUAUCUAGUGUUCUGUUACUUUGAGGGACUAACAUUUGGAAGUAUACCUGAGAGCCUUUGCAGUUUAGUGGUCCGAAUGUUGGAUGAGGACUUGGGAGGCCUGUGUGCAAAUCCGCACUCAACCAGCCAUGAACUUGUGACCUUGGGCCAGUUGAUGUUUCUUAGCCCAACCUAACUCACAGGGUUUGUGGGAGGACAAAAUGGGGAAGGGAAGAGUCACGGAUGCCGCCUCAAACUCCUUCAAGGAAAGAUGGGGUACAAUGUAUAAUAAUAAACAAGCACAGCAAUCUUGGGAGGGGAAACUUAGGGGAUGUUGAAUUCCUGCUUCCAUCUGCCCAGCAUGACCAAUGCUCAGCGAUGAUGGGAGAUGUACAGCAGCUUCUGGAGGCCCGCUGCUCCCCUGGCAGAAUUUUUAAGACUUUUCGUUACUUGGAUACUGCCACAUUUGACAUAUAGAGCAGUAUCACUUCUGAGACGGCUGUCCCUGUGUUUUCUACAGAUUUUGCAUUUCAGGAUUACUGUGACCCUCUGGUGCUCAGACCCACUAAGUUUCUGUUGACCUGUACUGCCUCUCCUCCCCACCCCACUCUUACACUACCAGCGAGAUUUGUUGUGCCUAUUUGGUGGAACUUAGCAAUGAAACUUUUCUUCUUCCUCUUACACAGGCACAAGCCGGACAAUUCAGGUGUCAUUUUGGGCAGCGCCAAGGGACAUGGCCAGAGCCGAGAGACAGUCCAGGAGCGCAGGAAGAAAGAAGCCAGCAAAGGGACCAGGGCGAAUCAUAAUCGGCGUGCCAUGGCAGACCGGAAGCGAAACAAAGGCAUGAUCCCUUCCUGA